GUUAUAAAAGUUUUGAUUUUAACAAUGUUGACUUAUGUGGUUUUUUUUUUUUCAUAAAAAAUCAUAAAACAGCCUAGACAUGCUUCUGAGUUGUUUGUUUCAAGUGGAAGUCAAAGGGAAAGAAGUGGAAUGCAACACGAGUUUAGGGAGAUUGGGCCAACAAUUGAAGUUGGAGAAAGCUCAAAACAGGGGGGCAAGAGAAAUGAAAGACAUGAAAAUGGGAUCCAAAUUUCUGGGAAGAAGAAGAGAACCUCAAACAAACAGAAAAAUUAAGUCUACUGUAUGAUUUUGCUUAAGUCUAUUGUGGUAUUUUGUUGGAAUGUAUUUUGGUUUCUAGUCUAUUGUUUAUGUCUACCAUGGUUUUUGCUUAAGUUGGCACUGGUAUUUUGGUUAGAAUGUAUUCUAGUCUUUCUUUUAAAAAAAAUAUUUAUAGUGUUCUUUUAUUUAUGUAUGUAUAAUGCCACUGUGGUAUUCUAUCUUUUGUUAGAAUGUAUUAUGUUCAAGUAACAAUGUAUUCUGGUCUUUUGCUUAAAACUAGUAUUUUGGUUAGAAUGAAUUCUGGUUGUUUGUUUAAGUCUACUGUGUUCUUUUAUUUAUGUCUAAUAUCAUUGUAGUCUUUUGUUAGAAUGUAUUAUGUUCUUUUACAAUGUAUUAUGGUCUUUUGUUAGUUUGAUAUAUAGUAGACUUGCAAAGAAUGAGAAUGUACAAAAUAAACACUUUUCAUUUCU